AUGCCAAUUGAAUUUGGCGUUCCCGUUGGUGAUAAACGAGGUUCAUCCCCACAUUCAGUUACGGGCUUUGUUUCUAAAGGCAUAAACUCAUCUUCCGCUAGUUCGAAACCCAGGGCUUUUGGUUCGUUUAACUCCUCUUCAUAUGCCGAUUUUGUAGUAAAGGCACGACCAGCAAAAAUUUCCUCGAGGUAUUAUAAUUCGUUGGCCUACACACUAUCUUUACUGCAAAAUGGUGAAAGUGACUCUGACGAUAGUGAUUCGGAGUCUUCUUCCUCACAAUGUCUUCAGGAGGAACAGGAUCUUAGACCUGAAUGCGUUGUUCCACAAGUGGACAUCUCCAAACCCUCUCAAAAAUUAGACGACCAAAGAGGUAUUGAGUCAGUUCUUGAGGAAAUGCGAUUGCUUGGACUUCCUACAAGUUUCGGUCAUCCCAAAUUCAGAAAUCAGCCUGCCACCGACCUGGACACAUUGUUUUUGAAUACACUGGAAAGGGACAAAGGAUCUCAGUGGUUCGCGCAUAGUCUCACUGAUAUUUCCAAGAUGUCUCUGUCUUCCGGACGUCGUUGCAUUUUUCGCUACAAGCCGCCGAGCGCAGUGUCCUCUCGCAAGCAUGUAAAUCAAAAACCGCCACCGGAGCACCUAUACGAGGAUGAAGCGACAGUUUCCUCAGUAGAGAAGUAUUGGGCUCAACGCUAUCGCCUCUUCUCACGUUUCGACAGUGGAAUACAAUUUAAUCGAGAGGGUCUCUUUAGCGUCACCCCGGAGGUGAUUGCCGUGCACCACGCGCGGCGGUUGGCAAACAUGCUAGACGGACCGCCAUCUUCUCACACCGUUCUUGAUCUCUUCACUGGUAUCGGUGGGAACUGCAUCCAGUUAGCAGUCGUGGGCUUCAAUGUUGUGACGGUAGACAUAAGCGAGUCGAUGCUACAGAUGGCAAAAGCCAACGCACGAAUUUACGGUGUGCACAAACGCAUUACUUUUGUUCAUGCCGACGUCUUCGAUUUCCUGCGGGACACACACCAACGCUUCUCAGCCACUCUUGCGUCACCUCCAUGGGGUGGACCCACCUACUCUUCUUCCACCGUCUUUUCUCUGUCUAGUCUCACCUUUUCAGGUGAAAGUGGGAAAUCUGAUAGCUUCUUCAACCUCCUAGAGGCGGUCGCUUCUGUGACUGUCUCAGGGGGCCCUGUGGCUCUGUUCCUCCCAAGAAGUACCAACGCAGGCCAGUUGUUUGAACUACACCGAAGGUUUAUGAAUGCUGCACUUGUGGAUGUGAUUCCUCAACUGGAAUGCGAGCUUGCACUCAUCCAUAGUAAGCCAAAAGGCCUGACCGUUUACCUCUACUAUGCCGGAGGAAUAGCAGAAGAGGGAUCAGAAGCCACAUUUGAAUCUCUCUCUGAAUCGACCAGUGAUUCCUCUACUUUUUACGAUUGUGAUUAA